UGAUGAUCGGGCGGUCUGAUUUCAUUGUCUAGCAACGGGGACCUGGGGAGGAAAUCUGCUUGAUUUUGAAGCUUCGCCUGAAUUGGUCACAACAAGUAUGGACGCGAUCGCACUUUUCGCUUAAGUUGCCAGUGGGUGCGGCACACUGAGACAGGAUGAGGGGAAACUGGGAGGUGACAACAUAAAAACGUGGAUGCUUCGCUGUGAUCAGCAUGACAGCUCCAUUGCCAUCCAGUAGCAGCAUGGACUCAUGGCCACAAAGGCGCGGCCUUCAGACUAUGAACCUGCGGUCAGUAUUCACAGUCGAACAGCAGAGGAUCCUGGAGCGUUACUAUGAUAAUGGUAUGACCAAUCAGAGCAAGGCUUGCUUCCAGCUAAUACUGCAAUGUGCUCAGGAGGCCAAACUGGACUUCAGCGUUGUCCGGACAUGGGUUGGUAACAAAAGACGGAAACUUGCCUCCAAGGGAGACCAGAAUGGAGGCAUGUCUCAUCCUUUACCUAGUCAUGGACUGGCUGGGGGACUGCUGUCCAAUCACACAUUAGCUGGAGGAGCUCUGUCCAAUCAUGGGCUGUCAGCAGCAGCACUGCUCCCUGCUGAAAUCACUGUCGCCCGCAACAUCCAGAAUCGUAGUCACCUUCUCCCUACAGGAUCCACCUUCCCCUCUUUUUCAGCAUCAUCAUCUUCUGCUUCCUCUCCACCUCCUCUGCGCAGUGGGAACAACACAAACAAUAAUAAUGACAUCAUACUGACUGGUAUCUAUUCUCUCAACUCCAGUCCUUGCUCACGACCAAAACACACCACCUCUAUGCCUCAGCCUGAAUCUGAGCUCUCUGCGCCCCCUGCUUCAUCCUUGAUCAGCCAGACUCUGCAGAGCAGAACCAGCUCCAAUUCAUCACCUCUUCAGUCCAAGUUAGCAUCUCUCUCUCAGAAUCCUUCCUUCACCUCUGCCUCUGCAUCUCUGGUUUACGUUGCUGGAAGGGACAUGAAGGCCAGUCUGUCCCUUAGGGAUGUAGCAUUAGCAGCAGGAGCUGGAGGGUUACCUCCUAGCUGGACUCGACCGUUUGCUACUGCACAAACUCGCUCAUGGUCAUCUUCGUCUCAGUCCGAAGCUCAGCUUCAGCCUAGAUCUGACACCAGUCCCCAACCACCACUCCCUGUUCCACAAAAGACUCGGCUGUCCCUCCCAGUCCAAAACUCUGGUCCUACCCCUGAGCAGACACCUUGCAUCCAGAAGGUGUUCACCUUAGCAGAAAGAGGAGAAGGCAGCAGAACUAAGCCCGGACUUAGUUCUACUCUGAAAUGCCAGGAGCUUCAGAGGUCAGUUUCCCACACUCUGGAUACCAGUCAUAACUUCUCCAUUGCCAUGGAAACUGCAGAUGAAGAAGAUGAAUGGCAAAGGGAAGAGGAACUAGCAAAUAUGGCUGCUCAGAAUAACACCAGUCAGGAGCAGACAACAUCUUUGGGAAAAGGAAACCACUCAUUGACCCAGGCCAGCUCCAAAAACAUACCGCUUCACAGCAACUCAUCUCAUCAGGCAAGCGAUUCACUCGCACAGACCUCACUUACUGGGAACGCCAGCUCACAGACUUCAGUCAGCGCUGCCCCUUGGUUUAUCAGCAACUCCAGAAAGAGAACCUUGCAGGAUCGGACACAAUUCAGUGAUGGGGAUCUCGUUCAACUGAAGCGCUACUGGGACAGGGGAAUGACCAGUCUGGGCUCAGUGUGCAGGGAAAAGAUUACUGCUGCAGCAAACCUGCUCAAUGUAGACAGUGAAAUAGUGAAGACAUGGAUCAGCAACAGACGAAGGAAGUGCCGUCUGAUGAGUAUUGAAAUACCACCACCUAAAGGCGGACCUGCUGUAUUCACAAGCUCCCCAGGGAGUGACUCUCCAAUGGCGUUUAGCCCUAACGAAGAUCAGCUCAGAACACCUGAACUUGGAGAUGACUUGAGCGAUGGCCUCGGCCUCUCUGAAGAUAGCAACAUUGACUCACUCCAUAGGGAAGAAGAUGAAGCAGAUGUGAACAUUCCUGCACCACUCGCUAAUAAUGUGAAGGUCGAAGUAAUUGAUGAGGAUGAAGAGGAUGAUUAUAAUGAUGGUGACGUAGUGGCCUCAGAUCUAGAGCAGAUGCAAAGCUUGCUUGAAUUCAAGCAUGAAGAAGUGCAGUUCUUAGAGAAUGAGCUAGAGAACCAAAAGCAAAAAUACCAGGACCUUGCAAGCUUCACGCAGAGGCUGCUCAGCGCUGUCAGAAGUAACGAUGUGGAGAAACAGCAGGAACUCAUUGCCAGUCUACCUCCGCCAUGGGAUCAGGUCUUGGACAUGACAAUGGACAGAGGAGCUCUGCCUGAUGUUGUGUCGGAAGACAAGUCCUCCAACUACAACAUCACCUUGACAACUGAUGCAGCUGGCUGUACUGAAUAUGCACUAGCGAGCGAAGACAUCCCACUGGUUCACAUUAAAGAACCCGUUCCUAUUAAAGUUACUGAGCCCUCUGUAUCAGAGGAGCAAAUGCAAGGAAUACCACAACAAGAGUGACUUUUUCAUAUACAGUACAUCAACUUGUGCCACACAGCUGUUCAUCAUCACAAACACAUGCUCCGCGCCCAGUGCCUGUGGAUUGAAGCUUCACUCCUGUUGGGCUAACAGUUCAUUUUUUUAUGGCAUAUCGUCUUGCUAUUGUCCAGUCUGGGGAUUAAAUAUAUAUAUAAUAAUAAUAAAAAGAAAUGUGAAAAACGUAUUUGGGACUGUUUCUCAUGCAUCAUUGUGUGGAUGAAGUUUCAGGAUGAAGCUAAAAUGCAGUAUAAGUAUAACCUGCAUAGGUUCACUUAAAUUGAUAUUUGUGUCGUUGUGCAUGAUGUACAUUACCGGUCAAAAUUUUAAGACCAUUUACAUUUUGCACUGUUGGAUCUUGAGGUUGUAAGUAGAGCUUUAAAGUGCAAAAAGAAGACAUGGGAAGGAGACCAAAAAUGUUUUGAGUAAGCAAUUUAUUGCAAACAACUGUUACAGUGAAAUACAGUAGGUUGUUCAUCAGCUCAUCAAAUGUUUAAGACCACAGCCAAAAUCUUGUAAAAGCCAAAAUCUUGGCAAAAAUGUCGAUUCAACGUUAUUUUAUUCACAGUCAUGAUCUCUUGAUGGCAAAGCCAAAAAAGCUUCUUCUCUUUGAACGCGUUCGGAUUGUUGAGGUGAACCUUCAAAGAUCCUGAGGGUUAUGGAACAAAAAAGCGGUAGACCCAAAAAAUGUCACUGGCCCAGAGCGGAAGGAUCCGAUUGGCUAUCCCGUCAAGACAAGGUUGUUACUUGUGCCGAGUGCAGUCCAAUAACCAUCAGACGGCAUCAAGAGAAGGGUUUUAAGAACAAAAAACAUCUUCAAAGCCCUCGUCUCUUUCAAUGGCAAAAAUUGCCCGUUUGGGAUUUAGACAAGAGCACCAAACAUGGGACAAUGAAAGGUGGAAGAAACUUUUAUUCUGUGAUGAGAAGAAAUGAAACCUUGAUCCUGAUUCCAUACAGCACAGUGAAGGGGUGCCUUUUCAAUGGAACAAUGGAGCUUCAGGUUGUGCAGGGGCGUCAAAUGGCAGAUGGCUAUGUGGAGAUGUUGCAGGGGGCAUCCCUCACGACUGAAGGCCCUCGACUGUGUGCUAAUGACCGGGUUUUUCAACAAGACAACACUGCAGUUCACAAUGUCUGCCUGACAAAAGGACUUCUUCCAGAGGAAUAACGUCUCUUUUGGACCAUCCUGCAUGUUCCCCUGAUCUAAAUCCAGUUGAAAACAUUUGGGGAUAGAUGGCAAGGGAAGUUUACAAAAAUGGACAUCAGUUCCAAACAGACAUCCUCUGUGAAGCCAUCUUCCCCACCUGGAUCAACCUUCCCACUAGCCUCCUGGAAACACUGGCAUCAAGCAUACCCAAACCAAUUUUUGAGGUGAUUAAGAAGAAUGGCACAGCUACUCAUUACUGAGUCAUUUUCUGAAAAUUGUAUUUGGAGUUAGUAUUGGUAGUCUGUUCUCAGUCUUGAAUGUCCAAAGCAGUGGUCUGAUUACAAGCAUCCAAAAAUACAGUAG